AUGACCGACCCAUUCAAGGCGCGCACCAUGAAGCGCAAGAACGUGAAAGGCCUCGCCCUAUCCGCGCCCGCCAAACCGCCUGUCCCCUCAGAAUCCGACGCUCAAGUACCGGGCGGCCUAGCCAACACAGAUUCCUCACGCGCCGACACGCUCGAAAUCGGCGUCGAGUUCCGCUUCGAUCUGCGGAGCGAAGAUUUAGAAGUGAUCAAGGACUUGGGCGCAGGAAAUGGCGGCACAGUGAGCAAAGUCAGACACACCGGCUGGAACGUCGUGAUGGCGCGGAAGAUCAUCCAUGUGGAGGCGAAGAAAGAGGUGCGGAAGAGAAUUGUGAGGGAGCUGCAGAUUAUGCAUGAGUGUAACAGUCCGUACAUCGUCAGCUUCUAUGGCGCGUUCAUGAACGAGAGCGGGGAUGUCACGAUGUGUAUGGAGUAUGCGGACUGUGGAUCCCUCGACUCCAUCUCCAAGAACUUCGGCCCCGUACGAGUGGAUGUCUUAGGCAAGAUCGCAGAAGCCGUCCUCGGCGGCCUCAAAUACCUCUACCUCGCCCACCGCAUCAUGCAUCGCGACAUCAAACCCUCCAACAUCCUCGUCAACAGCCGGGGACAGAUCAAGCUGUGCGACUUUGGCGUCAGCUCCGAGCUCGUUAACAGCGUGGCGGAUACUUUCGUCGGCACCGGCACUUAUAUGGCCCCUGAGCGGAUUCAGGGGAGUCCUUACACUGUGAAGAGUGAUGUUUGGAGUGUUGGGCUCACGUUGAUGGAGCUCGCGAUCGGCAAAUUUCCCUUCAGCGUCGAUAACGACGACGAGGAUGGGGAGGAAGGCGACACAGCGGGCCCGCAAGGUAUUCUGGACUUGCUGCAGCAGAUUGUGCUGGAGCCUGCACCCAAGCUUCCCAAGUCCGAUGCUUUCCCCCAGAUCUUGGAGGAUGUGAUUGCGAAAUGUCUGAUGAAGAUUCCCGAAGAGCGGCCCACGCCACAAGAACUCUACGACACCGACCCAUUCUUACAAGCAGCGAAGCGCACCCCUGUCGACCUCGAACAGUGGGCCGUGAACAUGAUGGAACGACACAACCGCAAAUCCCACCUCGCGCCACCCCUAUCACCCGCAACCAAAGCACUGCUCCGUGGCGAAGAAGCACCCUCCCAGCGACCACAGCAAAGCCAGAGCCAACCCCAAUACCAAAGCCAAAGCGCCUCUCGACCCGAACGCACACCCACAAGCGGCGACAUCCCCAUCUCCGCCUCCACAACCGCGUCCAAUUACCCUUCCAACUACCCUUCCGGCUAUCCUUCAGCAUCCUCAAAUGGCUCGAUGCCCCGCUCCACAACGCCUUCGACCGCCUCAACGACAGCUCCGUACUCUGCGUCCAGCUCCGGCUCGACAAGCCGGCCGUACCCGCAGCGAACCAGUAGCGCCCAAACUGCUGUCCCGACGUAUGGGCAAGGGCAGAUGAACUUGCCGAUCCGGCCUUCGCCGCAAGAAAGCGUAGGGAGGGGUUAUGGAGGCGGAUAUGGGAGCGGGUAUGGCCCUCCUCCUGGUGCGCCUCCUGCUCAUGGAUUACCGCCUAACCCGAGUCCGGCGAGGAACUCUCCGAGGCCGGGGACGGCGGGGAGUGCGCAGGGGGAUCCGUAUCGCAGGGCUGCGCCGCCGAGGACGGGUUAUGUGUCGUGA